GGCAUUUCCGCCAAAAGUCUUUUGUUAAGCUUGCCGUUUGCAGAUUGCUUUCAGAGCUCAUCUAACACCAUUUCGGUCCAACACAUUGUUCUGAUCAGCCCUGGGUCGCAAGAAUGUCGGCAGCACUUACGGCUCGGCUGGCUCAGCCAUAUCCUGGACCUUCACUUCCCAGUCCAUCGCAUAUCCGCCUCGUCUACCUACACCCCGGAACAGAUGAAGCUGUUUAUUGCGAGCUAAUAACCGUCUCUAUUGAAUCCGCACCAAGUUAUGAGGCUUUAUCAUACACCUGGGGCGAUCCCUCCCGUAGAGAGAGCAUCAACAUGACCACGCAAGGCUCCGAGACUACGCAACAAUUCUCAGUAACUUCCAACUGCUACUCUGCCCUGAAACGCCUUCAGUAUAGAGAUAGGACCAGGGUUCUGUGGAUUGACGCCUUGGCUAUUGAUCAAUCUAAUGUUGACGAGAAAAACUAUCAAGUCAGUCUCAUGUCAAGGAUAUACUCUCAAGCUGCGAGUGUAGUCGUUUAUCUCGGUGAACCUGGAGACAACAGCGACUUGGCUAUCGCAUUCAUCAUGGAAUGCGAUGACCCACCCCAAGGCACCACGUCUCUGAGCUUUCCAAAGUCGGAUAUCUUGAUGGAUGCACUCCGGAAUUUCUUCCUCCGCCCUUGGUUCACCAGGGUCUGGGUAAUUCAGGAAGUCUUCCUAUCAACCGACAAGAUUAUAUACUGUGGAGAAAAAGAACUAUCAUGGUCUGCGAUGGAGAACUUCAAGCAUUACCUCGUCAAUACGAGACUACGGUUUCGAUUGCCAUACGUGGUUUCAGCAUCAAACAGACAUUUUGAAGAGGAGACUACGGAAGAAUUACUGCUGAGGGAUCUACUUGAUUCGAGGCAUUGCGAAGCAAUUGACCCUCGUGAUAAAGUGUACAGCCUGUUGCCCAUACUGCAGUCAUUUAAUAAAUCACUCGGUCUGAUACCAAGGUACCAGGACACACCAGAAAAGAUCUACACGGAUUGCGCUCUCUCUCUAUUGCCAAGUUGCGGCUGGAAGAUUCUCUACGCUGUGCAGGGUCAAUCAGCCACACGGAGGCUCCCAUCCUGGGUUCCAGAUUGGAAUGUCCUGCCUCAGCGAUAUAUCAUCGGGACAGCUCCUUGGCUUGAAAUGAGUUCGUUUUGGACAGACAAGGUGCUCCCAGGUGUUCCCCGCAAACCGCAAAUCAUCUUACGUAGCUCGAAUAAGGGACAGAUACCAGUGCUGCAUGGGCAUGGAUAUUCAUGUGGAAAGAUGUUGAAACUGGGGUCAACAUACAUCGCGGGUCAAACACCAUUCCCCGCUAAGGAGUGGUAUAAUCUCGUCAACAAGGUUGAUCUAUCAACACGAGUCGACAAGUCUGGAUCUGGUUCACCCGACCCGAAGUUUCCUCAUCGAACAGAAUCCUUCGUCAAGUUCCUUCGGCUUGCUCGUUACCUUUACUCUUCGAGCAUGAAAGAAGAAGAAGAAGACCCUGCAGAUGAUCUGCCAAGACCAGACUUUGUCAUCGGCGGCGCACGCAGCCCCUACGAGGGAUACAGAUUUGGUUCCAAGUGGGAAGAUACAAUACGGAAAUUGGCCACUGAGAGGAAAGAUGGAGUGCUACCAUUCAGGGAUAUCCCUUUUCACUAUGCUGCGGCGGGGUGGCCGCCGAGUUAUGGGAAUACUAUAAGAGGGAAUCUGGAGGCUUGCCAUCUGCGGCGGUGUUUCGUUACAGAUACAGGAUAUUUCGGUCUUGCACCUGCGGAAGCAGAAAAUGGGGACCGGGUUUUCUUAUGCGUUGGGGCUUCGGUUCCGUUUGUUCUGAGGGAAACUCAGAGAAAUGGAGGUGAUGAGUUUGACUUGGUUGGGGAGAGCUAUCUGCAAGCCGGCGCGUGGUUUGAGAUGGUCAACAAUGACAGUCAACCUCAAUCUCUGUAUAUCAUAUAA